AUGCAACCAUAUAGCAGAUUCGGUGGUACAAGGAAAUGCUUUUACGAGUUUCAAAUGUUGGCAAACUGCCAUACAUCUGCAAAUACCAAGAAUGUGAGGGAAUGUUUACCAGCUUUUGAAGAUUACAACGAGUGUCUACACGGAUUAAAAGAACGCGCAAAGGCAAGAGUGAUGAUGGAACAGUUGGCCAAAAACGAAGAGACCGGCAAAGGUGUUACCGCCAAGGAGCUUUACAAGAAGAGUAACCAGAUUUAUGAGAAUUUGAACUUGGUAACACAGAGUGAUUGA